CUAAUUACUAACCUAACUAACUAGUAGCAAUUGGGGAAUUUUAGUUGCAGCACGUUAAUAGCUGGAGAAGCUUCAGAGACUUAGAAGUUGCGAAAUAUCAAAUUCAAAUUAUUUUAUCCUAUCUAAUUUCGUUUCUUUCAUAAUGAGAUGAAUCAGUGUCUAAUGGCCUAGUAUGAGGUUAAUUGUCUCGAAGACAGCCCGAGAUGGGCUCAAGUGCCUAUCAAGACGGCCAAUAUCUCAUGCCCCAAGAGCUACAUGUCAGAGCUAUAGGAGCUUCGUAGCAACCCCGGCACGGAAAGAUGAGGAAAGGAAAUGGUCUACACCUUUAGCCAAGCAGUUAACUGAAGCUAUAAAUACAACGGGUCCUAUUCCCUUGGCUAGUUAUAUGCGCAUGUGCCUCACAUCCGAUAUUGGCGGAUACUAUACCGGGGCCAUAAAAGAAGACCGUGAUCAGUUCGGCCGAAAAGGGGAUUUCAUCACUUCCCCAGAGAUAUCACAGAUAUUCGGCGAGCUCAUCGGUGUCUGGUUUGUGGCAGAAUGGAUGUCUCAAGGGUCGCCGAAAAAGGGUGUCGAGCUCAUCGAAGUUGGCCCUGGUAGGGGGACUUUGAUGGAUGAUAUGCUACGAACUAUGAAAAACUUCAAAGACCUUGCUUCUGCCAUAGACACCGUUUACAUGGUGGAAGCUAGUGCCGAGUUACGACUGGCCCAAAAGAACCUCCUGUGCGGCGAGGAUGCCGUGAUGACGGAGUCAAAAAUUGGUUGGCAUAGCACAUCCAAGUACUCCGGCCUACCCGUUGUGUGGACGGACUCCAUCAAAGCUAUCCCGAACGACCCGAGCAAGAUGCCUUUUAUAGUUGCUCAUGAGUUCUUCGACGCACUGCCUAUCCACGCCUUCCAGUUGGUCGACGUACCACCAGCAACUCAGGAACCAGCAACAACAACGACAGACAGCGGUAGCAGUAACUCGCCGCCAGGAUCAUCCACAAAGCCUAAGCUUGCCACGCGCCAAUGGCGGGAAAUGGUCGUGUCGCCCACACCCAAAGGGACAACGCACGCGGACCUCGGCUCCCCCAAAGCAGAGCAUCACGACCCGGUCCCCGAGUUCCAACUAACCCUCAGCCCCUCCGCAACCCGGCACGCGAAUUACCUCCCCGAAACCUCCCCUCGGUACCGCGCCCUAAAAGAAAUCCCCAACGCCCUUAUCGAGAUAUGCCCCGACGCCUCCCUCUACGCCUCCGACUUCGCCAUCCGCAUCGGCGGCCCCAACCCUCCCUCCACCACUCCCUCCCGCUCCCGCUCCUCCUCUUCCUCCACAGUCUCCCCCAGAAACCCCCCACCCCCCCUCCCAAAACCCCACCCCUCCGGCGCAGCCCUAAUCCUCGACUACGGCCCCCCCUCCACCAUCCCCGCCAACUCCCUCCGCGGAAUCCGCCACCACCGCCGCGUGAGCCCCUUCUCCCUCCCGGGCCUCGUCGACCUAAGCGCCGACGUCGACUUCUUCGCCCUCGCCGAGGCCGCCACCCGCGCCAGCCCCGGCGUCGAGGUCCACGGCCCCGUCGACCAGGCCCACUUCCUCGAGGCCAUGGGCGGCGGCAAGCGCGCCGAGAUGCUCGCUUCCCGCACAGGGACCGGGAAUGUCGAGGACAGGGCAAGGGAGAUCGAGCGUUCGUGGAAGAGGCUGGUCGACCGGGGUCCAAACGGCAUGGGCAAGCUGUACAAGGCCCUCGCUAUACUCCCCGAGAACGGCGGCAGGAGGCGGCCGGUUGGGUUUGGUGGGGAUGUGGCGGCUUGAUUGAUGUGUGUGUGUGUACCUGCCUAGGUCAGGUAGUUAUAAAAGGGGGUUACGAGGCGAGAAAAGAGUUACUGUCUACCUAGGUAGCUACCAUACCUGCCUCUACCUACUAGUUGGUGUUAGGAUGGGGGGGGAUAGUG